AUGGGCACUGGCAUUGUUUCUAUCCUCCUUCACAAUCUCCCUUACAAUGGAGCUUGGUUGUAUUGGAUCUCAGUCAUCUUUUUUUGUCUGAACCUCUUUUUCUUCAUUCUUUUCACAUUCAUAUCUGCACUUCGGUACCUCAUUAAUCCAGGUCUAUUUAUGACUAUGAUAAGACAUCCUGGCAUGUCCCUCUUGUUGGGAGCAUUUCCGAUUGGUCUCGCUACAAUUGUUGAGAUGAUUGUUUUGGUCUGUGUGCCCGCGUGGGGUAGCUGGGCAGUUACCUUGGCGUGGACGCUUUGGUGGAUUGACGCUGCGAUAUCGAUUAUAAUCUGCUACUGGAUACCAUUUGUCAUUAUGCACGUUCACGAUGUGAGAUUAGAAACUCUUUCUGCAACCUGGCUUCUUCCCAUAGCUUCUGCAAUCGUCGCGUCCGCCAUCGGCGGAGUUGUGGCUGAAGUCAUAGAGAAUGAGCGACAUGCUCUUUGGACUCUUAUGACUUCAUACUUCCUCUGGGGAACUGCCAUGCCUCUCUCUCUAACCUGCUUGGUUAUUUUGUAUCAACGUCUGUCAAUGCACAGCCUACCGCCUCCAGAAGCUAUAGUAUCCAUGUUUUUGCCGGUUGCGCCCCUUGGCCAAGGUGGAUAUGCAAUUAUGCAGCUCGGCAAAGUAGCAGCUGAAGUUUUCCCCAAAACCGGCGUCCUCGGGAAAAUGGGAGCCAAGUCUGGAGAGAUUUUAUAUGUUACAGGUUGGAUACUUGGCUUCAUCAUGUGGGCAAAUGGUCUGGCGUGGAUUUUCUUCGCUCUAGCCAGCCUGAGUCGUCGCAAAUUUGCGUUCAACCUUGGCUGGUGGGGAUUCACGUUUCCUGUUGGUGUCUGGGCUGGUGCAACGAUAGCAAUUGGCCAAGAAAUGCCGUCUAGAUUCUUCAGUGUUUUAGGAACUAUUGUUACAGUUAUUGUAACGCUGCUGUGGGUCAUGGUUGCUACUCUUACAAUAAGCAAGAUUAUAGAGGGUAAAAUAUUCAUGGCACCAGAUUAUGAACAGUGGAAAAAGAAGAAAAGCCAAGCCACCGAAGAUGUAUAA